GGCAAUGUGAGGAUGUAGCCAGAAGUAUCCCUGAUUCAUCGUUUAGUCGCAACGCAUCAUCAAGCACCAUCAAUGAAUUCUUCUUGUAUAACUUGCUAGCGUCAGACGCUGAUAUUUGAUACAGUAUCCUUUCAGGAUGUGGUGUUUAGUUAUCGAUGAUACAUCUGCGGAAGGCGACUUGUCUUCUGAGAUAGCCUAUUUAUGUACGAGUAUGAUAAGGUGGUAUGUAUGAUGGGCGGUUCGUAUAAUAACGAAUUGGGUUUUGAAAAGAUAGAAAUUGUUUCCGGUAUCUGAUGACUUCUACUUCCUCUUAAAGAGUCUUCACCGAUCUUUUUAGGAGUACAUGAUGAUCGCUUAAGAGAUAGAUUGCAACCUUAGAAGUAUGGAACCUUCAUUUUGGCUGUAGAGAACCGCAAGUAGCUCUUGCCCAAUCUUUUCAUCGAGGGAGAUUCUCUUUGUCUGAGGAAAACUUCAGAGGACGUUAGAACUACCUCCAACCGUGGCAAGAUGCCGCCGAAGAAAGCGAAGGUGAUUCUCGAUCGCUUCGAGGUGAUCGAGGGAAAGAAGGGGUUUCUGGGGCAGGGAUCUUUUUCCUCUGUGCAGAGGGGAACCGAUCUUCAGACGGGACGCACUGUAGCGAUCAAGACCUUCAAGAUGGACGUGUGGAAUCGGGAUCCAAAGAAAAAUUUAGCGCAAUUCAAGAAGCAAAUUGACAUUAUCAAUCGAUUGUUGGAACCAGUGGACCCAUCUAAAAUCAAGUACGAAUUUCUGAAGCACCCUUUGUUUUGGCAGGUGGACCCCAGAAAAGCGUUUCUGGAGAUGCACGCCUAUAGCGUAGAUGCGCAGGGGAACCCGGGUGUGGAUCCCGUAGAUGGCGUGGUUUAUUUGAUCACAGAAAAGGCCGAUUACAGUAUGAAGGAUCUGGUGGAGGAACACCAGAAAAGCGGUGAACGCUUCACUCCGGAAACGGUAGCACAGAUUAGCAAGGCGAUGAUUAUCUCGAUGGGCAUCUUGCACGCUAAGAACCUCACGCAUUUAGAUAUGAAGCCGGAGAAUAUCAUGCGCAGCGGCGAUACAUGGAAGUUGAUCGAUGUCGAUGGUUGUACUGAGAUCGACUACAAAUUAUAUCCUGGGGACUCCUCCGUCGCUUUCUCGCCCAUCUACUGCUCGCCAGAAUGGGCCAACUUCUGCGUGGACCCGCCAGGGGAAUAUUUGCCCAUUGCUGAUAAGUUAGAUGUGUGGUCAACGGGCGCCUCUCUUGCCGAGCUCGUGAUGCUGGAUGUGUUGUUCAAGGGCGUCUUCAAAGAGAUCCAUAGGACGUGCGGCGACCCUGGACAAACGCAAUUCCAAUUCUUGAACUGGCUGGCGAACCCCGCCAACAAGGUGCCUUUUCCAGAAGUGAUAAUGGAAUUUCACCCCUUGUAUGUGGAUUUGGUGGUGAACAACAUGAUGAACAAGCGGCCCAGUGGGCGCCCCUCGAUGGCGCAGUGCAUGCACCACGACUUCAUCCGCGACGUGGAGGUCCCCGGACUCGACGUGCCUAUGAACGGUGCGGCAGGCGAAGACCCCGCGCACCUGGGGGGGAUGAUGUCACAGACUAUCAAAAAGAAGAGGGAGCAAAGGUUGAUGGCAGAUCGGGACGAAAAGCCGCCGAUGAUGCAGGGCGUCUUGUAUAAACUGAACUCGGACGGAGAUUUGAUGACUGCCGCACACUGGCUGAAACGGGAUUUCUGGCUCUCGGACAAGGGAAAUCUCUGUUACUACUCCCACAAAGAAGGCAAGAGGCUCAUCCUCUUGGAUCGCGCGCAUUUAUCGACUGCCAACAUAUCCCCACUCCAACCUGGAGAGAGCUGCAUGCAGUUCGCUUUUUUAGUGGAUUCGAUCACGAGUGGCACCGAACACGAACGACACUUUUUUGCGGUUGAUACGCCAGAGGAGUACCAGCAGUGGGGUGGCGUUCUAGAAUACGUGGUGCAAAAUCCGCUUGUCACUGGCGCACUGGACCCCGCGUUCAAGGCGCAACUGGGUAUCUACAAAGACUUCAAGGAGCUCCGAAUGAUGAUCCGCAAUCGGAGAGACAAAACAACGAACAAAGACGAUUUCAGACCGGUAUUUUUGAGAAAGAUACUAGAUCUACAUCUUCUAGUUUUUGUAGUUUGUGUACGAGCAUAUUUCGUCGUAAACUUCUCAUUCGCUGUUGUUCUUGGAAACUUGUGACAUGAUGUUUUGAAGUUUGCGCGUUUUGAGGAAGCACGCGAAGACAAAAAGAACGAAGACAAAACGAGAAUGCGAAGAACAGAGCACGCAGGCCGUAAAAACGUCAACCGAACCCGGCCGCGCCUCACCGCCAGGCGCUACCUACGCGCAGUCGCCGCCGCCUGCAGCACACCGCGCCCGGCAUGCCACAAAAGCCGCAGCUGGCGGGGACUGUGGCGACCAGGCGCACCAUAGUCGACCGCAAUGACGACCAUAGCACAACACACACAGAGCACAAAGAAAUCCGGCGGGAUCGUACGCGUCGCCCGGAGCGCAUCAAAACAAACAAACAAAGUUGGCGCGUUAUUUGUUUUCAGUUUUGCAAAAUUCAUGUCUAUGAAUUGCAUGUCAGGUUUACGAAGCCAUGCUGUGGAAGUUGAACCAAGAGGGGGAUCCCCACAAGGAUCAGGACUGGAACCAGCGGCGCAUGUGGCUAGCGAAAAACGGAUCCUUCUGUUAUCACUCCGCCAAAGAGAACAAGGAUUUGAUGUACUAUCGGCCGGAUGAUGUGCGGCAUCUGAAGUUUCGGAGGCUUUUUCCAGAGGAGAGUUCACGGAGGUUCUCGUUCGAGCUGACCCCAAGUCCUCUGGACGGAACUGAGUAUGCACCAGGUGUUUUUGCCGCUGAAGAGGAGCAGGUCAUGCUGAUCAUUCUAGGCUGCAUCGAACGGUAUCAACGAAUCAAGCAAGAGAAGGAAAAGCGGAAGCGCUCCUGAUGGAAAUGGAUCAUACCCAAUCAACUAUAAAACAUCUCGAAGAGAAAUAAAAAACCAUUAAAACGCUUCUACCUCAUUGGAGAAUAUAAGAAACCACCAACGAGAGCACCAAAAUGCUUUUUCUACGCCUCUUCCCCUGAUUCCUUUGUAUCUGUGUGAUAAUUAAUGAUCAUGAACACCAUAAUGAGUAUGUUCUUGGGUAGUUAGUGUUGACUAAGACACUUGAUGGACCCGAAUGAAUUUUCUAUUUCGAAUUCACGCACUUGACGUGUUGAAUUUUUCUUGAUUUUUACUGACAAUGACUGAAAUGUCUUCAGAAGUCAACCCGCGGAGGAAUAUAGACAUUCACCAAGCGAACACUUAUACUUUGUAGCCUUCAGACACCAUCUAGCACAAACAUGCUCAAGGAAAAG